AUGAACCAGAUGAACGUCGGCAUGAAUCCUGGGAUGCAAGGCCCCGUGGGUGGUGUCCCGAUGAUGAACAACGGCUCCUCGGCUCCUCGUAACGACGGCUCCAUGAACAACCCUGAACACAUGAUCAAUCAACUCAACACCUACAUCUACGACUAUUUCUUGAAACGUGGCUACCACGAUUGCGCUCGCGCUCUUAUUCAGGAUGAGAGUAUCAAACUCAACACUGAUCCCGGUACCAAGACAAGCCCAGGAAACCGGCGUGAUGGCGACAUGAACGGGAUUGAUGGAGAUGCGAUGAUGACCGAUGGUAAGGACGGGGAAAAGAUCAAGAUCCCUGAUGAUCUCCCCCGCCCAAGCCUCCCGAGUGAAAGUCUUCAGUCAUCGUUUCUUCUGGACUGGUUCAGCCUAUUUUGGGACUUCUUCUUUACUCAGCGCAAACAGGGUAACAAACAUGAAGUGAGGCAAUACCUUCAACAUACUCAGCAAUUUAUGCGUAUGCGAGAACAGCAAAAUCAACUUAUGCGGCCGCAGCAGAUGAUGCCCGGUCACAUGGGCCAGAUGAUGCGUGGACCCCGCAAUGGCAUGGUCGCCCCAAACAACCUAACUAAGACAGUGUUGCAGAACAACACCUCUGGACUAACCCAACAACAAAUGGCGCAACUCCAGCAGAAGCAACAGUUGCAAAUCAUGCAGCAGAUGCAACGUGAACAGUCCGAAAUUGACAUGAACGGAAACCGGCCCCAGUCGCCCGCCUCUGCCGAUAACGCCCCUUCGCCGUCGAAACGCCCUCGCCUCGCAGACGGUGCAGUGAAUGGCCAACCGUUGGCUCCUGGUGGACGAGGACAAGGACAGACUAUGCAGGGUCAGAACCCACAGAUGGUCUUGCAGAAUGGGAUGGCUCAGGGUCGGAUCAACCCAGCGCAAUUCCAGCAGUUCCCGUCGGGACCGGUCGCGGCGCAACAAAAAUCCAUGCAGGUAUAUGCUCAAAACUUGGCCCUUCAUCACUCUCGCUCAGCAUUGAAUUCCCAGGCUAUUCCGAAUGGUGGUAUGAUGAACCCUGGUGUGAUGUCAACCCAGGCGGAUCUGGUGGCGAUGCCCGAUGCCCAAGGAAUGUAUCCUAUGGGGGAGUACUAUGGUGCUCCCAACGGUCAGAUGGCCCCGGUCCGUCCCGGUAUGGCAGGCGCACCGAACGGUCAGCACGGCAACCACGCCCUCCAAGAUUACCAGAUGCAGCUUAUGUUGCUCGAGCAACAGAAUAAGCGUCGUCUGAUGAUGGCUCGACAGGAGCAGGACACGAUGGCUCGUGAUGGCCAGCAGAUACCUGGACAAGGAGGUUUGCCUCCGGGCACCUCUCCAGGUAGUCGGACAGGUACCUCACCGAAUCCGACGGACCAAAUGAAACGCGGCACACCCAAGAUGCCUCAGACUGGCCUUCCUGGAUCCCCCAGCGCUGCUGAUCUCGCUCAAUUUUUCCAGGGUGGACCUAACAUGCGUCCUCCAAGCUCUAACCCAUCAUCCUUCAGUGGACCUUCAAUGGGUCAGCCUCUUCCCGCUAAUGCUAAUCGCUUGCCUAGUGGCCAGUGGCAGCCAGGACAGAUGCCGCCUCAACACUCACCUGCUACGCAACCUCAGGCUGGCACCCCACAGGAUCAGCGCAGCAAUAUGCCUCCUCCUCAGGCGCCUCCAGGUGCUGCUGGUAAUGUGGGCCGUGCUCAAGAGUCUCCUGCUGGUGGGAACGCGCCUCCUACUCCCCAGCCGCCUUCCAAGGCAGCACCCAAGAGGGAAAAGAAGAAGAACGCGCCCAAGCAGAGCAAGAAGAAUGCUGCGGCUAAUCAAGCCACUGGAGCCACUCCAUCCACAGAGGCUGCUGAUCCCCCACAAACGCCAAAUCCCUCUACUCCUGUCACUCCUCACCCUCCUAAUAAUACCUUGCGGGGUCAAGCCAACGCGGCAGGCGCUCCACCCCAACAGACUGCGGCGCCUGUUCCACCACCACCAAUGGUCCAGGCAUCCGAUCAGUCUCAGCAAUUCCCUACUGAUAUGGGUAUCAGUGAUUCUACAUCUUUCAACCUUGACUUCAGCGCCUUGGAUAACCCAGAUAUCCUGGAGAGCUUUGAUUUUGAUACAUUCCUCAACACCGAUGCGGAUACUACUGGCUUCGGAUUUGACCCGAACAUGCCAUACCCAACCGAUGGUGUUGAGACUGGGGCCGGCGACGGUCUUUGA